AUGUCGGAUACCCCGAAAAUCUCACAGCUAUCCCAACAGUCGCCGCCGCUGCUGCCAAGCUCACAGCCUCCACCUAUACGCGCACGGCGUACUCGAGUGUCAUGGAAUCUCCCCAUGCUAAGCGCGUUUCUAGAUACAAUGAUAGAGUCGCACCUAGGGCUGUCAAAUGGCGUCAAGCCAGAGGUGUUGCAAAGGGUACUCACGGCGGUGAGUACCCAUACCAAACAGGCCAUCACUAUCGACAGUAUUAAAAACAAGUACGACGCUUUGAAACGUGACUAUAGGCUGUGGCAGAAGUUUCAAAAUCGAUCAGGAUGCACUUACAACCCAAGAAACGGAGCGCCGCUCGAGCCAGUAGAAGCAGUUGACCAAUGGUUUGAUGCUAAUCCUGACUUCCAAAGGCUGCGCAAUAACAAGAUCCCCUUCCCAGAAAAGCAAGCAUAUCUUUAUGCGAACAUGUUUGCAACAGGCGAUAACGUGGAGCUGCCGCCGGUGGAAGCCUCAACAGGAAGUGAUGACUGCCACAUGGUUAGUAGCUCUUUAUUAGCAGCUACGGAAGCGAUAACCUCACAUCUAAAACGGCGUCACGAAGCCAAUGGAUCCCCAUCGCAGAAGAGAGUCAAAACUUCAAAACCUAUCAUAACAAUCAGCGAUGAGAUGUCCACGUUAAACAGCUAUAUCAGCUGGGCGGUGGCGGAGAUCGAGAGGGAUUAUUAG